CAUAUGUAAGAAUAUAUGAAGGUAUGUCAAAAUAUUUCAAGAAUAACAAGAGCGAUGGUGAUGAGGAAAACAAGUCUGUUUCAAAAUCUGGAGUUAAACCAAGAUCUUAUUCCUGUAAACCAGAUAUUGGCCCUUCAGGUGAUCACAAGCCAAUAGAAAGGCUUCCGUUCGAAACCAGACCCAACUUGAGGGUGAACAUGUGGUUGAAUAAUGUAGGAUCGGGAAGUUCCCGAACUUCCCAGAGCAACAGCGAGCUUUACACAAUCGACGAGGAUCACUUGGAAAAGAUAAAUUUCAUUCGAAGAAGAUUAGAUAUGGCGGAACUGAAUGAUCCUGAGGAAUUGCACAGAACGGAGGUUGAUUUAAGAAGGGAGGAACCUGGAAGAAACAAAUCGGAUCAACUCGCUUGUCCUUUGAAAGAAGAGUGCACCAUCUGUCGACGAUGUAGGGAGGAGAAAUUAAACAUCAGGCCGUCGUUGUCUUCCAUCAGCGAAAAAUCCAAUAUAUCGAACGCAUCGACGCAGUCGGCAGUCAGGUAUAAACCGCCACCGAAAAAAAUAUGUUUGAAAGCUGCGACGUCUACAGAAACAGCGUCCAUUAACUCCCGUAAAACGGAUUGCGCCAAAACCGAUGUUAUCGAAAUUCCUGGCUUAGAUUUGGGCAACGAUCAGGAACAGCUCAGCAACGAGAACAAAUCCGUUCAGUGUACUAGCAAAGAUACCGAACGAACCUCCCAGUCGACGGACUACUGGAAACCAAAAUGUGUCCGCCACGAUGACGCUGGUGACAACAUCGAUUUAGUCGAGGUGGACCUAUACAUCGAGCCAGAAAUAGUGGUUAAACAACCGGGAAAACCCACAGGACUUUCCAGUAAAAACUGCAUCAAAUUCUUGCCGAUCAGAGAUGACGAAGUAACCACUUCUGGAAAAUCGAAUAAGAACGAAUUUUUCGACGAAAUAGUGUCGAAUUGUAGUUUCUCCCUGGGACAACUAUCAGCGCCUCUGGUGCCUUCCCAUGAUUCCUUCUUCAAGUCCAAGAAGAAACAGAAGAAACGACGGUUGAAAAAGAGGGGAUUCAGUGUGGUGGAAGGGGUAAAACUGGAUAAAUCGAGCAUAGAAAUAAGAAGAACCUUUCCGGACACGUCAGAAACGUCAGAUGCUUUGGAAGAAAUCGAAACAGAUGAAAUUUCCGGCAUUAACUCGGACACAGACGCUAAAACUUUCGAUAGUAAGUUAAUGGCCAGCUUGGCUAUCCCAUCUAAAAUAGUCAAACCCGUAAAAUUACCGCUUGUUGCAAAAUUAACCGAAAUGAUGAAAGGGGGGCGCUGUAAAAAGAGUAAAGAUGUGGAACAUAGAAGUUGCAUGUUCGAAGAUGACAUUUGUUCUGUGAAAAACGUUCAGAGGCAAAACGACACGUAUGUUAGGGCGGGUGCGGAAUUUAACAACUACAGGGAAGCCGCCGAGGAGCUCCUAACGAUAAACGAAACCAAGAAAGUCAAAGAAGACGGUUGCCACCAGAGGUCACAAAAAAUCCCCAAUAAAUACAGCACGAAAAAACGGCAAUCCGUAGAUUACGAAUUUUACUCGGAGGGUCUGCCUCAAAGUAGAACCUGCGAGGUUUUACAUCUCAGCCAUCAGCAGCAGGUCGAAGACGAUAGCGACUCAGAGUGUCUGAGGGCGAUCGAAAAUUGCUGUUGCAUCAGGAGGAUAUUCAAGAAGAAGACGCCGACUUUUUUCUCUAACUGAGGGGUUCGAUACGCUGAGAGAAUGAUGGCCGUUAUUUUGUGCGGAAAUGAUUAUGGCUUAGCGUGCAACAUCGACGGACAGAGGAAGUGGAAUAAUAAGUGGUGAAAUGAAUCUAGCUGGAUAAGUUCGAAAUAAAAUAAAUGAAUGCGAAUGUAAACUGGUUUCAAGAAAUUCUGUUUCAUGUGCGAUCGUUAUCGCUGUUCAUUAUGUAUAUCUGAUUAGUUCUGUUGUGAGGUAAUGUCUAAAUAAUUGUUUGACUGUGGAGUUUUCGUGUUUUACUGUGGCUUGAAGGAAAUA